GAGAUGUUCUAGGAAAGCUGUAACGGAGGAAGACUGCUGUACUGGUGAAUCUGGAGAGAGUAAAGAUGCCUCAAAUGAAAGAGCCGAUAUGUUUCAUUGAGAAUCGAGAGAAUGGAGACCUGGUAGUGAAUCCAGAAGCUGAGAAGAUCCUGGAUGCUAUUAAACAACCAGUGGUUGUGGUGGCGAUUGUUGGAAAAUACCGCACUGGGAAAUCGUAUCUCAUGAAUAAAUUAGCAGGAUGCAGCAAUGGAUUUGCUCUGGGAUCCACCAUCCAAUCUAAAACUAAAGGGAUCUGGAUGUGGUGUCUCCCUCACCCGUCCCAACCUGGACACACAUUGGUGCUUCUGGACACAGAAGGUUUAGGAGAUGUAGAGAAGGGUGAUAGUAAGAAUGAUGCCUGGAUUUUUUCUCUGGCCGUCCUACUAAGCAGUACCAUGGUGUUUAACAGUGUGGGGACCAUAGACCAGAACUCCAUGGAACAACUUAAUUAUGUGACAGAACUGACUGAAAGGAUAAAAGUAAAAUCGAAUACAGGAAAAAAUGAUGAUGACGACGAUGAUGAUGGUUCUUCUGAGAUGAAGAGAUUUUUCCCAGCGUUUAUCUGGUGUGUCCGAGACUUUAGCUUACAGCUAGAAAUAAACGGAUCAUCAAUCACAGAGGACCAAUAUUUACAAAAUUCACUGAAGUUAAAAAAAGGAAUUGGAGCCAAGGUGAAUGAAUAUAACACCCCCCGGGAGUGCAUACGCCAUUUCUUUCAUUCGCAUAAGUGUUUUGUGUUUGAACGACCAGCAUCGACAACAGGUCUUCAACAACUUGAAUCCCUUUCAGAAGCAGAGCUGGAACCAGGAUUUCUAAAGCAAACACAGAAGUUCUGCACUCAUGUAUAUGAGACCAGCACAACUAAAACAGUGACAAAUGGUUUGAAAGUAACUGGGAAAUUGUUGUAUGACCUCGCAGUCACAUAUGUGGGAGCCAUUCAGAGUGGGGCUGUUCCAUGUAUGGAAAAUGCAGUUAAGGUUCUGUCACAGAUUGAGAAUUCCCGGGCGGUCAGUCAAGCUCUUUCCAAAUAUGAGGAAGAAAUGAGUAAACGAGUCUCUCAUUUCCCAACUGAGACACAGGAACAGUUCUUACAACUGCACCAGGAAUGCGAAAAACAAGCACUAGCAGUCUUUAUGGACAUAUCCUUCAAAGAUGAAGAUCUGGAAUAUCACAAGACACUUAUACACAAUUUAUCUGAGAAAGCAGAAAUAUUUUUGAAAGACAAUUUGGAGAAAUCUGUCCAAAAAUGCCAAUAUUUGCUUGAAGAGUUAAAUAAGCCUUUAGAGACAGGAAUAAGACAAGGAAAGUAUUCCAAGCCUGGGGGACAUAAUGUAUUCAAAACUGAAAAGCAGAAUUUAAUUGUAUCUUAUCAGCAACACCCUGGCAAGGGUAUGAAGGCCAACGAAGUGCUGAAGAAAUUCCUCAAUGAGAAGGAGAAGAUUGAAACCACUAUUUUGCAAACUGAUCAGUCUCUGACCGAAAAUGAGAAAAUGAUGGCCGCACAAAAAGCUCAGUCAGAAGCUGUAGAAAGAGAAAAAAAGAUUGUGGAAGAGAAUAACCGGAGACUGCAAGAGACCAUGGAGGCUGAGAAAAAGAGCCAGGAAGAGCAGUUGGCAAUGAUACAAGAGAAGAAUGAGCAGGAUAGAAAUAAGCUGAUAGAGGAGAAUAAAUGGCUCAUCGAAGAGAAGAUGAAGGAAAAGGAAAACAUGAUGAAAGAAGGGAUGAAGAAGCAAUGUGAAAUGCUGGAAUAUGAGAUUCAACAGCUGAAGAAGCAGCAGGAAGAAGCCUCCCAGGGAUCUUUCCUGGGAAAUGUGAUAUCUGGAAUUUUACCAGGGGUGUUGUCAAGUAUUGUGAAGAAAAUAUUUUAAUACCAAGCAUGUAUAACAUCCUGUAGGAUUUGAAAUAAUAUUCAGCAAGCAAUGUUUUCGUUUUACUGAGUACUUUGUAGUUUGAAGUUUCUGAGUCACAAAUAUAACAUUAUAUGAGAUUCUGUUACUGAAGAUUAUCAUGUUAAAAUGUAAAA